AUGACCAUGGAGGACUUCAGGAAAGAAGCCAGCGCCACUUCAGUGAUGGCGCUUUACACUGUGAUGUACCCUGUCUUUGACCAGUUAGACCAAGUCAACCUCUCAGCAGCACAGACAUUGCGUGCAGCUUUUAUAAAGGCAGAAGACGAGAACCCUGGCGUGACCGAAGAAUUUGUGCUGAAGCUACUGGAAAAGAAGAACCUGAAAAUCAAUUAUAAUGAGUGUCUACUUCGCAUGGCUGCAGCAGAUGUGAAAGAAUUCCGAAUUGAAAGGCAGGAGCCAGGGUUCCAGGAGCUGAAUGAAAAGACCCAUGCUCUGAAACACAUCCUCAGCACCAUACCUGAUGAGAUCAAUGACAGAGUGGGCUUCCUGCAGACCAUCAAAGACAUCGCCAGUGCCAUAAAAGAGUUGCUAGACAUUGUUAAUACUAUCUUCAGGAGGUACCAAUAUCAAAACAGGCAGGCACUGGAACAACAGAAGAAAGACUUUGUGAAAUACUCCAAGAGUUUCAGUGACGCUCUCAAAACCUUCUUCAAAGAUGGAAAAGUGCUCAACGUGUUUGUCAGCGCCAACCGACUCACCCACCAAACCAACAUGAUCCUAGAGGCCUUCAAGACAGCGACAUAA